AUGGAAGGUACAACUGCCACGCCUGAUCUUCAAGCGAUACUGUCGACACUCGCGCAAUUCUCCGCCCCUGUACAGAACCAGGAAUCCGCUCAGGUAACUCAGAAUCAUGAUGCUCAACCACGCGUAGAAACACCUAUACCACGGCACUUCCAGCCUACGCCUCCAGCCGACGUAGAGAAACCCCGCACUCCGGAUCCCCGUCUCAGGCCUCAAAGUCGUUCGAUUGCUUCUCCUAAGCCCAUAGACCCAGCGACAAUCACGACCUGGCAAGAUGGCCUGAGAUGCGUAACCAAGAUCGCAGCACAAAACGCUCAAUUUGCGGCAACCAUCAAAAAGAUGAUGGCAGACCAGCGGAAGCACGAGAUGCGCUGGUACUCCGAGCGGCAGGCCCUCAAGCAGAAGCAAGUCAACCGUUCAAGUUCUUCAGCGCAAGCACAUUCGAUCUUGCAGUCGCUCGGCGGCGCCAACCCGUCAAAGCCCGCUUCGGAUGCUGAGAGCAGUUCAAGCAACGAGGCCGAGCUGGCGAGUUUCGAUCAAAAGAUCUACGCUGCGCAGGUAGAGAUGGAGACGGCGAUGACGGCUGAGCUGAAGGGUUUGGGCGUGCCGUUUUUUGGUACGGAUCAAAGCCUAGUAGUGUUGGAGGACGGGAUGGUGAAGGCGCCGCCAGAAAACCAGCCCAAAUGGAGCCCGAAUAUCACAGAGAAGCAGCUCUUAGAGCUGCGGCGGCGGAUGGUCGGCCAUCUGGAGGACCUAUACCGGGACUGA